GGUGCAGCCCGUGCAGUCGAGCCCAGACGCCUCCUCCUGUGUUGACGUGGUGUCGCUAACAGAGUUUAGGAGGAAAACAUCCAGAUGUUCGUGAAUAAAAGUCCCUGAAACGGUUCUGUCAGAAGUGAGCAGUCAUGCUGGACUUCGCCAUCUUUGCCGUCACGUUUGUCAUCGUGUUAGUCGGCGCUGUUCUCUACUUGUACCCGUCAUCCAGAAGAGCCUCUGGCAUCCCAGGUCUUAACCCUACAGAUGAAAAGGAUGGCAACCUGCAGGACAUCGUGAACAGAGGGAGUCUGCACGAGUUCCUCCUCAGUCUGCAUCAGGAGUACGGGUCUGUGGCCUCGUUCUGGUUCGGUGGUCGGCCGGUGGUCAGCCUGGGCUCUGUGAACCAGCUGCAGCAGCACAUCAACCCCAACCACACCACUGACUCCUUUGAGACGAUGCUGAAGUCGUUGCUAGGUUACCAGUCAGGGAUGGGAAGUGGGGCCAGUGAGACCGUGAUAAGGAAAAAGGUGUAUGAGGGUGCCAUCAACAACACACUGGAGAACAACUUUCCUCUCGUGCUACAGCUGGUGGAGGAGCUGGUCGGAAAGUGGAAGUCGUUCCCGGAGGACCAGCACACCCCAUUGUGCGCCCACCUGCUUGGGCUGGCCAUGAAGACGGUCACUCAGCUGGCUCUGGGUGAGCGCUUCAAAGACGACGCAGAGGUCAUCUCCUUCCGCAAGAACCAUGAUGCAAUCUGGUCAGAAAUCGGGAAAGGCUACUUGGACGGCUCCCUGGAGAAGAGCACCAGCAGAAAAGGACAUUAUGAGAAAGCUCUGUCAGAGAUGGAGUCUGUGCUGCUGUCAGUGGCGAAGGAGAGAAAGGCCCAGAGGAAGCAGACAGCGUUUGUUGAUGCUCUCCUUCAGGCCAGCCUCAUAGAGCGACAGAUCAUGGAGGACUGCAUGGUUUUCACUUUGGCUGGAUGCGUCAUCACUGCCAACUUGUGCAUCUGGGCACUUCAUUUCCUGUCCACCUCAGAGGAAGUCCAGGACAAGUUGUACCAGGAGCUGACUGAAGUUUUGGGUUCGGCUCCGGUUUCUCUGGACAAGAUCCCUCAGCUUAAAUACUGCCAGCAGGUCCUCAACGAGACAGUGAGGACUGCCAAGCUGACCCCCGUCGCAGCUCGGCUUCAGCAAGUGGAGGGGAAGGUUGAUCAACACGUCAUCCCCAAAGAGACUUUGGUGAUUUAUGCUUUGGGAGUAGUCCUGCAAGAUUCUGACACAUGGAGCACCCCAUACAGGUUCGAUCCUGACCGAUUUGAGGAGGAUUCAGUCAGGAAGAGCUUCUCUCUGCUUGGCUUCUCUGGGAGUCAAACGUGCCCAGAGCUCAGGUUCGCCUACACUGUCGCCACCGUCCUGCUCAGCACGAUGGCGCGGCAGCUGAAGCUCCACAAGUUGAAGGGGCAAGUCCUGGAGGUCAGAUCUGAGCUGGUGUCCACACCUAAAGACGAGACCUGGGUCACGGUCAGCAGGAGAAGCUAGAACUCGUCAUUAAUCAUCACCAGGGGGCAGAAGAGCUGUAGAGUCCAAUUACCAGCAAAGUAUUUGUUGAAUGUCGAGGAUCCAGUCUGUGUCUGACAUGACAAUAAUUCAUUCUGAAAUUAGCAUCAAUGUUGAGGGACUUUUCUUAAUUUGAGGGAUUUUUUGCACCUAAGUUGCACCAUAGCUGUUUUCCUGGUUGUCUUUCGGAUUCUUUUUCAGCCGAAGCAUGAAGCACAUUAUUCCCUUCUCUCCCCACAGAUACACUUUGCACUUGUUGAAAGACUGUUAAUAACAUCGCUAUUUUAAUAUUCUACAAUAAACUUUAUGCCGUCA